CGUUUGGCACAACAACAAGAGAUUUCCAUUUUUCUGGGUCGGGAAAAAUCGGUUUCAGCAGCUGGAAAAUCGAAUUUCCUGGAUUUAGUUCGGUUCUAAUAGUAGCCAAAAAGUUAAUUAUCUUAAAACAAUCUAAAGACGUGGUAGCGCUCAAAGAUGUCCCAAGAAGUCGAGGAAACCCUAAAACGGAUCCAAUCCCACAAGGGCGUCGUCGGAACCAUCGUGGUCAACAAUGAAGGCAUUCCAGUAAAAAGUACCCUAGACAACACGACUACGGUCCAGUACGCCGGUCUGAUGAGCCAGCUAUCGGACAAAGCCCGGAGCGUGGUUCGUGAUCUGGAUCCAUCGAACGAUCUCACCUUCCUGAGGGUUCGCUCGAAGAAGCACGAGAUUAUGGUGGCCCCAGAUAAGGACUUCCUGCUGAUUGUGAUCCAAAAUCCCACGGAUUGAGCGAGAUUAAGUCGUUUAGCUUCUUCGUUCAUUACAACUAGCAGCGCACCCAACCAAGUCGAGAGUUUUCUUUCCUGUGUGUGAAGAAGUAAAACAACCAGGCGAGGACCAGAAAUGAAGCGAACAUGCGGGACGUGACAGUUUGAAUUGGUAUUUAUUUAAAUUAUCUAUAUGCACUUGUGUAAUUUCAGUUUAAAACUCUACAAUAAAACAUUCUAUAUUUUCUUCUUUUCGAUAAAAUCUUAUCAACAAUAAUAAUGAUUAGAAACAAGUUUGAUUGAGCCGAA